AUGUCAUAGUCCGUCUCCCACCAGAAUCCCUUUUUGGCAGUUUAAUUUUGAAUGUGUCCAAGAACCUUGAACCUUGCUUGCUCACCCUCCCCAUCAAAAUCUCUCCUCCCACCCCCCGAUCAAUUAUUGCUGUUUUAAUUUUAAUCCAGGAAAGCUUUUAAAUUAUUAGAGGUGGACAUGAUUAUCUUACAGGGCUUUUGAAACUAAAGGCAAGACAAAGAGUCCAAGAUCUCACAAUCACAAUGUUCUCCUGUGAUUCUCUAUGUCAGCUCAUUUUCCUGUGCAGGUUGCCAGAGCAGUACGUAUUGCGAAUGGUUUUAAUAUAGCCAACUCAUUGUGACUUCAGUUUAAAAUCCUCAAUGAAUGAAGAGGAUAACAAAGUGUGGAUUGCAUGCUUGUGAUAUACGGGAAGUACUGUAUGUCACAAGUAAGAUAAUAACAUGCAUGUGUGGGAGUUUCCAAGCUGACUGAGUUAUCUUUGAAGUUGUGGUAUAUCUUCCAGAUAUACUCUCUUAAUUUACAGAUAUUGCACCAAGGAUACAUUCAGCCCUCACAAAAUCUCCACACUAUGCAUUCUUCUAUGAUUAACUGACUCUGUAUUUGAUUUCUCCCCUACUUCCCUCUUCUCUGUUAUUUAUUGACAGAGAGGCCAAACCAACCACAGAAAAAGUAGUUUCUAGACUCAAUCUAGUAGUGCCAAUGGGAGCUCUUUUUAGAAGUCUGAUUUCCACAUUUGGAAGGGUGGGGGGGGGAGCUGGUUUUCAUCAGGAUAGCAGCGCACAGGAAGCGGGGUUAACCCUUCGCUUCCCAGCUGCCAUCCCAACAAAAACCAUCACCCCCCACAAAACACAUGUGACAAUUAGGCUUAGGGGGAAAUCCUCUAAACAUUAUUGUUGUGUAAGGCUGGGGAGGGGAGGCGGCAUAGAAAAACUGGCAGAAAUAAUGACCAAGAUAAAGGGUCUGGGAACCAAACUUUAUGAAUAACAGUUGAGGGAAUUGGUUAUGUUGAGCCUGAUAAAGAGGAGAUUGAGUAGAGAUAUGAUAGCCAUCUUCAAAUAUCAUGGAGGGUAGAGCAAGCUUGUUUUCUCCUGCUCUGGGGGGUAAGACCUGAAACAGUGGAUUCAUGUUACAAAGAGAUUCUGACUAAACAUCAGGAAGAACUUUCUGAUGGUAAGGGCUGUUUGACAGUGGAACAGUCUCUCUCAGGAGGUGCUGGACUCUCCUUCCUUGGAGGUUUUAAAGCAGAGCUUGGAUGGCCAUCUGUCAUGUUUGAUCUGGUUGAGAUUUGUGCAUUGCAGGGCGUUGGAUUAGAUGACCCUCAUGAUCCCUUCGAACUCUACAAUUCUGUGAUUCGAUGUGUGAUCUGUGCACCCCAAGGUAGAGGCUCUUCAUUAAUUCAAAGAUGAAUUGAGGGAAUGAAAGAAUUAGGGUAACAUCUGCACCAUUUAAAGCACAUAGCUUCCCCAGAAUAAUGGAAACUGUAGUUUGCCCCAGAGCUACAAUUCCCAGCCCUCUUAACAAAAUAUAGUUCCCAGAAUUCUUUGUGGGGGAGCCAUGUACUUUGAAUAUAUGGAGGUGAAAGAUGUUAAAUUACUCAAAAGCAAGAAAGAGUCUGUUGACACAGAGUGGGCUGCUAUAGGUGAAAGAUGGGGGGGGGACUGUUGCUAAAGCCAUUGGUUAUUUAAUCUAUAUAAAUGUUUUGUUUGUUUUUAGCUAGGAAUUUUGUUAAAUUGGAAAUAUUAAUUUUGUUGCUGUGGUUUUGCUUGUUUACCUUAUGGCAACAUUGUUAAGUUGUUUUUUGGACCUGUUUGUUUGAUUUUGUAAUUUUUGCAUAUUGUUUUUGUUUAUUUUUAUUACUUAGUUCCUCACUCUGGUACUGAAAACAUUCAAUGAAGAGUGGGCUAUAAAUACUGUGAAUAAAUAAAUAUAUGGUGUGGAUGUUAUAUAAGAGACUGGCUGGGCUUAGAGGGAGAAAUAAGGAAGUUGUUGUAUGACACAAUAUUUGAAUCUGCAGGAAGGACAGAGAGUGCUGGCAAAGAAGAAAACUGUGAGUAUAUUAGUUCUGAUAUGCAGCUUGGAGUCUUAGGAACUUAAUUAUCUCCUCAAAUAAACUAAUGCAAAGUUUGCUAUAUACAGCAUUUCUCUGUCAAGCAUUAAAUUGUACCAGCAAGUUUUCAGUAUUUUAAUAUUUACAACCUGAUCCCAACCAUUCUUACAUUUAUUUCAGCUGAGCAUAUUGCAGCCUUAAUGGUCCACUCACUGCUGCAGCAGUCCUAUAGAUCUGCACUGAUUCUUACUUCUCAGGUAAAUACUAGGCAUUAAUUUAACGUCAAUGGCAACAGGUGAAACGAAGGACCUGAAGUCAGUUGUGCCCACUGUAAAAAUGAUGUUCUUGCUAACCUAGCUGAAGAGAGUAAUGCAUUUCACGCUAAACUACACAAGUGCGGAAAACAAAAUAUUUGUGUCAUGAAAAUUCAGUGAAACCUACACCUUAAGCAAAAGUCGUGAGAGGUAGAAUCAUAAUGCUACUCUUCUAUAUUGGAAAGGCACAGUACCAAUUUUAAUUUUAAAUGGUUCAUUUUUCAUUAUUAAAUGUUGUUUUAAAUACAUGUGUUCUUUCUGACUUAAGAUGUGUGCGUCCUUUAUGAAAGAAAUAUCCUAGAGUGUGGUGAGAGGGGCAAGCUCUGGAACUGUCUGCCAGAAAUCUGCCCCAGGUCCUUCAAAACAAGGCUGUGUACACCUUUAAAACACAUUCUUUCCCUCAAAGAAUCCUGGGCGCUGUAGUUCACCCUUCACAGAGUUACAAUUCCCAGCAACCCUUAGCAAACUACAGUACCCAGAAUUCUUUGAGGAGGACAUGGUGUGCCAGCAACCAGAACGUGUAAACAUUCCUAAACAGAAGUUUCCUGGGUGACCGUUUUUUCCAGGAGCCCAAAGACGCCUGCGGCCCAAGCCAGAAGGUUAUGCCGUUUACCAGCCGCUGA